CAUUGACGAUAGGUACUCAAUACUCAUACAGCCGAUAGGUAAUCUAUAUCGAUUCAAUUUGAAUUCAACUGAUAUACGGAUACAUUCGAUUUGCUUUUGCGUUGAGUUUUUGUUGCAUUUCCGGAUAUGAAUUUCCCAUUUCUCGUAUUUUAUUUCACCAUCGUAAAAGCACUAGACGAGUGGAAAUUCACGCAAGUUUUAACAAAAACCAAUCCAGUUUCUUUAACCGACCCCAAAGCAAAUCCCAUAAAAAUAAUACCCAGCUUCAAGAGCCUAAUCAAAGAUUCCGAUAUAUGGGUCGAUAAGUCGCUCAUCAUCAGUGAAAUUUGGGAAAACCCUGCACGUGUUUUUAUCGUCACUGCUCCACGACGAUGGGGUAAGACGACCAUUGCCUCGAUGAUAGGUUACUAUCACGAGCUUCCAUUGAAAGAAGACGGAUCCGAAGCAAAUAGAACGACAUCUGGAAAUUAUCUAUAUUUUACAGAAGGAAAAAUCACAGGAAUUAAUCCGAGUCGAUGUAACGCCCAACCUCUAAUCUCCAAAGAAAAAUCUCUCAACUCGGAGCAUUUAGCCAACCAUCCGGUCAUAUAUUUCGAAGGAGUAAGCUUCAGUAUCGACGAUAAUUUUCUUUCUUCUUAUCGUUCAAUGAUUCGAGAAACAUACCAAAUGCAUUCCAGUCUACAUAAAAUUUUAAUCGAUAAAUCUUCGACGGCAAAAAACGAUGCGGAAAAAGCGCAGAUUUUGACCGAUUUAUGCAAUUUCGAACAAUUUUACCAGAAAUCUGAAAUAGAAAAGUUGACUGCUCACGAUUUAACAUCCAGCAUACGAAUUUUAACCGAUUUAUUGGCCAAGACGUAUAAAAGAAAAGUAAUCAUCAUUUUCGACGAAUACGACAGUUUCAUUUCGGAUACGUAUUUUUUACGAAGUUUUCAAGAACUUCCGUCAUCGAAACUGGAAAAUAACUUGGUAAAGUUUUUCAAAGCGUUCGUGAACGAUACCUUUAAAUGCAACGAAAACUUAGCCAAAGGUAUCAUUACCGGAAUUUUACCAAUACACGAAGCUAUAGGUUUAUCCGACAUGAAAAACGUGGUUUUCAAACACGCGUUCGGUAAAGACAGUUUUUUACCAUAUUACGGAAUUUUUGAAAAAGAACUUCGCGACUUGAGCAAUAAAAGAGGAGUUGACCAAAGCUUAGUCAGUCACGCUGUCGCCAGAUAUGACGGAUACCACCUCUUAAGCCAACCGAAAAUUUCAAUAUACCCUACUUAUUCCAUUAUCGAAUUUAUUAACGCGCAUUUGGUGGGAAAUUACUGGACAUCUACCAGUAUGAGCGAAGGCCUCAUAUUGCUAUUAGAACACGAAGAUUUCAGAAACGAUGUAGCAAAUAUAUUGAAAACCUGGCGCGGACAUGAACCUCCCUUUGAAAUUCAAUACGAACACAUGCUGCAGCUCACAUUACAAGAUUUUAGCUUAAUUCAUUCCAUCGAUCAUAAAAAAAUCAAUUACACAUCGAGCAAACACAGAGACACGGUUUUUUCAUUCCUCGUAUCAGCUGGAUACAUUUCAGUGCAUCCAGAUCAACAGAUCAGCGCCGAAAACGCCAAAGUCGCCGUAACUAUACCCAACACAGAAAUAUUCAUGGAUAUGAAAAAGAAAUUUAUACGAUCGUUGCAGCAUACCACAGGUUUAGAGAUUACUGGAAAAGCUUCGUUAAAAGAAUACAUGAAACACAACGACAGCGCAAAGCUAAAAACGCUAGCGAAAUCAUUAUCUAAAUUCGUGUUCAAGACGACGCAAAACAUACCCACUUCUAAAAUGAAUAAAGCAAUCGAUGUCUUAUCGCAAGCUCUCAACCAUCCUAGUUGCAUCUCCGGCAACAUGAAAACAUUUGAAACCCUUAUACUGGCAUAUUUCCUGGAGAAUUCCCUGCACCGUGCCCCUCUCGAGGAGCAAGACGCUUUCAAAGAUGAAAUUAUCAAGAAGCGAGUAAUAGACGUAUUUUUUAUGGACGACUGUAAAACAUCAGCGGUGAUCGUUCAGCCAAAAUAUAUUCACGUCGAAGAUCCGAAAUUGAAUCCUCUGCUGGGUGUAUUUCAGCAAUGCCUCAGCUACAUCUCGUUUUUUCGAUCGUUCGAUGUACCUGUGGUGAAUUUCUUGGCUGUUUUAGUUCAUCAGAAUUCGACGGUCGAGUUGAUGAGUAUCGGAAUGGAGUCUCAUGAAGUGAAGGAAUGGAUCUCUGAUGCGGUUCAAUUUAGCGAGAGUAAGCCAGAUUUAAAGGGGGAGUUUCUUCGCGGCAAUUGGUCUAGAAGAAUGUUCAGAAAGCUGAACGAUACAAUGCCAUCUAGAAUUUGGUACGCAAAAGAGGAUCCAAACCUGUCACAAUCUGUGCAUAUUUAAAGACUUCCGUUUCAAUUCUUUUCAUUUUUCCAAAAUAAAGAACGUUUAAACGUAUUAAAUAAGUUUACAACAAUUUUUUUAGACAAUAAUUCAAUGAUUAGGAGGUUGCGAAAAAAAGUCAGAGGAUUUUGACCAAAUUCAGUGCGAAAAACUUU